AUGGAGCUCCAGCCGCCAGCCGACGACGUCGUGGUCCAGCUGAGCGCCGCCGCCGUCGCGGCCGUCGACGAGAGGAGCUCGAUGAACCACGACGGCGACAACGCCGGCGCUGGGGACGGCGGCCGCGCGCGCCGCACCUUCAGCCAGUACUACAAGAUGGAGCACCGCAAGGCUCCGGAUUUCAAGUGGUGGCAGAUCGGGGUGCUGAGCUACCAGUCGCUGGGCAUCAUCUACGGCGACCUCGGGACGUCGCCACUGUACGUGUUCUCCACCGUGACGCUGCCGGACCCGGGGGAGGAGGACUUCCUCGGCAUCCUCAGCCUCAUCCUCUGGACGCUCACCCUCAUCGGCCUCCUCAAGUACACCUUCAUCGUGCUCCAUGCAGACGACCAUGGAGAAGGUGGUACCUUUGCCCUGUACUCGCUCCUGCGUCAGCAUGUGAAUUUCAGCGGAAGCAUGCCGAUGCCAGUCACACGGCUGGCAUCCGACAUUAAUCUCAAGUUUCACAGCAAAAAGAAGAAACUGCCGUCUAAGAUGCGCGAGUUCUUGGAAAGAAGCACAACAGCACAGUCAGUCAUCACCUACGUCGUGUUGAUCGCGACUUCCAUGGUGAUGGGUGAUGGUGCCCUCACUCCAGCCAUCUCAGUUCUGUCGGCCGUUCAAGGAAUCCAAUCAAGAUCUCCUAAAAUAACACAAGAUCAUGUUGUCAUUCUAAGCGUGAUUAUACUGAUCAUUCUGUUCCUUUUUGAGAACUAUGGGACAAGCAAAGUCAGCUUCGCUUUCUCUCCUAUUAUGCUCCUAUGGUUUGCGUUUGUCUCGCUCAUUGGACUGUACAAUAUUAUCAAGUAUUACCCACCAGUUCUCAAAGCCGUGUCGCCACUCCACAUAAUAACUUUCUUCGCAAGGAACAAAAGAAAAGCCUGGGAGCAGCUUGGAGCAAUUGUUCUAUGCAUAACGGGUGCCGAAGCUAUGUUUGCUGACCUCAGGCCAAUCCAGUGAGGAAUGAACACCUCCUGAAGUAUACAAAGACAACGACGCUUACAAUAAUUAAAUGCACAAGGUUAAGACGUUCAGUAAUAUGAUAGCUUUUUCUCCCCUUCUCUGAGCCAAAUUAACGGUGCUAUAAGAUCACGCACGCUCGUAAUUAAACUGUUGAUCAAAAUAAUCA